AUGGAUACUACUCAGUUCAGAAAUAAGACCGCAAUUCGCGCGUAUAUUGCCGAGUUCCUCGGCACGAUGUUUCUUCUCUUCGCUGGUGUGGGUACCGCAUGCAGCUCCGCUUAUGCCUCACGCUCACACGUACGCGAUGACAGUUUUAUGGCAACCGACAUGGCAACCGACAUGGUAACUAACAUGGCAAUUAAUAUCGCGUUUGACCCUGAUCUUCCCAUGGUGCUUACCAUCGCUUUUGCAUUUGGUAUGGCCUUCAUGGUUCUUGUGUAUGGCACCACUCACAUCUCGGGCGGACACCUCAACCCGGCCAUUACGCUGAGCAUGGUUAUCUUCCGAGAGAUCGACCCUCUCCGUGGUGUGCUAUACAUAGUCUCUCAAGUGCUUGGGGCGAGCGUCGGUGUGCUCCUGGUACACCUUAUGUGGCCUUCAGCUGUCAGUGCCACUGUAGGUCUGAGUGCCAAUGCGGUUAUUCCCGCACUAUCACUUGCCCAGGCAUUCUUCCUCGAGUUCUUCGGCACGGCGCUGUUAUGCUUUACCUUUUUCAACACUUCCGUCGAUCCUCACGGCAUUAACUUUAACACCAACUUGGCGCCACUGGCCAUUGGAUUCUCGGUAUUUUUGGCCCACGUUGUGCUCAUUCCCUUGACUGGUUGUGGAAUUAAUCCAGCUCGGACGUUUGGUGCUGCUCUGAUCAGUGGCAAUUGGAAUCAUCACUGGCUGUUCUGGAUUGCG